GCCCAGCAGCUGUGCCGGCAGUGCGGCCAGCCGUGGCGCGCGGCGACGCUGGGGGGCGGCGAGCCGUGGCGGUACGACUCCGCAGCUGGCGGGUGGGUUGGCAACCCGGACCGGCCGCUAUGGCGCAGUGCGUGCGGCGCCAUAGCGCGGCGGGCGCUGCAGCGGCCCGAGGUGCCGGCGUCGGCGCACGAGGCGGCGGCUUACGCGUCGCUCGCGUCGGACGCGUCGCUGCUGCACGCAGUCCUGCCGGUCUGCGGCGGGUGGGAGGAUGAGGUCUGGGCGCGCCUCAAGCCGUCUGUCGGCAAACACAUCGCCGAGCAGCAGAGGCGCCUCUCCGAGAUGUCGCCGAGAUGUCGCCGAGAUGUCGCCGAGAUCUAGCCGAGAUCUCGCCGAGAUCUCGCCGAGAUCCAGCCGAGAUACAGUCGAGAUCUCGCCGAGAUCCCGCCCAUGGCCCACCGCAGGCGCCUCUCCGACGGCCAGCCGCUUCGCCACGAGCACGCGCUGCCGCUGCAGGCGACCCGCCGCAGAAAGGACACAGCCACUCACACUGCCAGAAGAGCAACCAGCAGACUCCGAACAGCAGUGAUAGUGAUCGCGCUGGCCGCAGUAUAGCAAGACCGUGCUGUGACGACAGUAAGAAUGCGACUAACGCACGCACGCCCCGCCGCUGCAGCGCGUGCUCGAGCUGCUCGACGCGGCCGCCGAGGGCGGGGCGGCGGCGGAGGCGGCGGCGGCGCGGCGGCACUGCGAGGUGCAGUCGCGGCUGAUCGCGAUGCGCGGGCUCCUCCUCCCCCUCCCUUCCGGCGCAGAGGCGGCCGCGGCGGCGUUGGGCGCGGACCCGCUCGGCGCGGCACAGCAAGCGUUCACCGAGGCGCGCGCCGCUCUCGUCCCCUACCGCCACGGGACCGAACCCACACUGGGUUCGAGACUCUGGGGGGUAUGGUACUAGGCACUCCGCCUUGCCGCCGGCGUCGGCGCCACCACAUUGGCGGGCGGCGCGGGC